AUGCUAGUGACUAGUGAGGAAGGGGCAGAAGUGGAAUGAAAGAAAAAGUCGUGUUAAGGGGCGUGUGUACCGCCACCGCCUCACAAACUUCUCUUUGUAGUAUCCUCUUUUCUCGCAGCUUCCUCCCCGUUCUUAUUUCUAGCUUCAGAUCUACGAGUACGACCUUCCUCCAUCCCCAGAAACACCCCAAACCCUAGAGCUCUCCUCCAUUCCGCGAUCUACCCUCUCUCUCGCCCUCUCACAGCGAUGGCGUCGUUCAACGAAGCUCCCCCCGGCAAUGCAGAUAGCGGCGCCAAGAUCUUCAAGAUGAAGUGCGCCCAGUGCCACACCGUCGAGAAAGGCGCUGGUCACAAACAAGGUUCAGAUUCUGUAUGGGCGAGGCUUCAGUUUUGGGGUGGACCGAAUUUGAAUGGACUUUUUGGAAGGCAGUCUGGUACAACCGCGGGCUAUUCCUACUCUGCUGCUAACAAGAACAUGGCUGUCAAUUGGGGAGAAAAUACGUUGUACGACUACUUGCUUAAUCCGAAGAAGUACAUUCCUGGAACUAAGAUGGUGUUCCCUGGAUUGAAGAAGCCACAGGAUCGUGCAGACCUUAUUGCAUACCUGAAGGCAUCGACUGCUUGAUUCUUGUGCCGGUUUUGACACAGAUUUGUGUUUACCAUUUGUCACUGGUUAAUAGUUUUCCCUAAUCGGACUUUGUUUUUCCUGAAAGAGAAACAUUAGGCAUUUCUUGAAAAUAAAGACAGCGAUUAGGGUGGGUAAGCCCUAUGUUAUUUUGGAUUAGGGGAAAGAAUAUACUUGUUUGAGACUACUGUUGCGAGGCCGUCUUGUAGACCUCAGAAUUCAAUAUCCAAAAGCCUUAUAUAAGGAGCUAGAUUAUCGCUCUUUUUCUUCUUCUUCUUACUCCGGGUGGUAGACUGAUAAUGCCUGGUUUUUUUUACUGCUGUGAUUCAAAUUUGUUUGGAUGAUUUGUGCUGCUCAUAUAGUUGUUCUUAGUCUUUGGCGAAGCAUGAAAGUCAAACCGAGUUAUUUUCUCAAGACUCGUGAUUCUGGCGUAACAGAUGAUUGGCAUGUGCAGAACUCACUGUUGGAAAGCUAAGAAUGUGGCCAAAUAUGUCUAUUCGUUCGACUUGGUUUACCACAUGACACAACAUGGAGUGCUGUGAGUGUGUUCGUCUUUCCCAAUAUUAUUGAUUCCAAAUUAUAUGAACUUGCGUUCCUUGUACUGGCGGAGCCAGCCAAGUGUAGGUUAGAAUAGGGGUGGUAUUGGGUCGGACUUUACCGGUUUUCGGUAUGCGAGUGUGGGUAAGGGGGAAUCGACUAUCGAUACCGGUUUGUAAUCGAUUUAUCGGUUACCGAAUUACUGGUAAACGGUUAUAAACCGGUUUUACUGACUUACCGUAA